AUGGCGGCGUCCGCGUCCGGCGAGCUGGUGGUAGCCUGGGACACCGUGAGCGCCGGGCUCGUGCCGCCGGCCGCGCUGGGACUGGCGUCCCCUCGGCCCGGCGGGCUUGUGCUGCGAAAGGAGGAGGAGCUCCGCGCGGCGGUGGAAGUGCUGCGGGCCCACGGGCUGCACUCGGUCCUGGAGGAGUGGUUCGUCGAGGUGCUGCAGAACGACCUGCAAGCCCACAUCGCCCCCGACUUCUGGAACGCCGUCUCGCAGCACGAAGCCUGCGCCGACGAGCCCCAGUGUCUGCUGCUGCUUCUCGACGCCUUCGGCCUGCUCGAGAGCCGCCUGGAUCCCUACCUGCAGAGCCUGGAACUCCUGGAGAAAUGGACCCGCCUCGGCCUGCUCAUGGGCACCGGCGCCCAGGGGCUGCGGGAGAAGGUGCACACCACGCUGCGGGCUGUCCUGUUCUUCUCCACGCCCAGGCCCUUCCAGGACAUGGUCCAGCGGCUCUACGGGCGUUUUCUGAGAGUCUACAUGCAGAGUAAGAGGAAAGGAGAGGGGGGCACCGACCCGGAGCUGGAAGGGGACCUAGACAGUAGGUACGCCCGCCGCCGGUACUACCGGCUUCUGCAGAGCCCCUUGUGUGCCGGGUGCGGGAGUGACAAGCAGCGCUGCUGGUGCCGUCAAGCCCUGGAGCAGUUCCACCAGCUCAGCCAGACCCUACACAGGCUCAGUCUGCUGGAACGGGUCAGCGCUGAGGCCGUGACCGCCACCCUGCACCAGGUGACUCGGGAGCGGAUGGAGGACCGUUGCCGUGGCGAGUAUGAGCGCUCCUUCCUCCGAGAGUUCCACAAGUGGAUCGAAAGGGUGGUUGGCUGGCUGGGGAAAGUGUUCCUACAGGACAGCCCAUCCAGGCCUGCCAUGCCUGAGGCUGGGAGCACACUACGCCGGUGGCGCUGCCACGUGCAGAGGUUCUUGUACCAUGUCUACGCUGGCCUGCGCAUUGAAGAGCUCUUCAGCAUCAUUCGAGACUUCCCUGACUCCCGGCCAGCCAUUGAAGACCUGAAGUACUGCCUGGAGAGAACAGACCAGCGGCAGCAGUUGCUGCUUUCGCUCAAGGCGGCACUGGAGACUCGCCUCCUGCACCCAGGUGUCAAUACGUGUGACAUCAUCACCUUGUACAUAUCUGCCAUCAAAGCCCUGCGUGUACUAGAUCCCUCCAUGGUCAUCCUGGAGGUGGCGUGUGAGCCCAUCCGACGGUACCUGCGGACCCGGGAAGAUACCGUGCGACAGAUCGUGGCUGGGUUGACUGGGGACUCAGACGGGACAGGCGACUUGGCAGUGGAGCUGUCCAAGACAGACCCAGCCAGCUUGGACACUGGUCAGGAUAGUGAGGAUGACUCUGGCGAGCCUGAGGACUGGGUGCCUGAUCCCGUGGAUGCCGACCCAGGGAAGUCCAGUUCUAAGCGGCGUUCCUCGGACAUCAUCAGCUUGCUGGUUAGCAUCUACGGCAGUAAGGACCUCUUCAUCAAUGAGUACCGUUCCCUGCUGGCUGACCGCCUUCUGCACCAAUUCAGCUUCAGCCCGGAGCGGGAGAUCCGCAACGUGGAGCUGCUGAAGCUGCGCUUUGGGGAGGCCCCAAUGCACUUCUGUGAAGUUAUGUUGAAGGACAUGGCUGACUCGCGCCGCAUCAAUGCCAACAUACGUGAGGAGGACGAGAAACGUCCGGCUGAGGAGCAGCCACCGUUUGGGGUCUAUGCGGUCAUCCUCUCCAGCGAGUUCUGGCCCCCCUUCAAGGAGGAGAAGCUUGAGGUCCCCAAGGACAUCCGGGAGGCCCUGGACGUGUAUUGCAAGAAGUAUGAGAAGCUGAAGGCCAUGCGCACGCUUAGCUGGAAACACACGCUGGGGCUUGUGACCAUGGACGUGGAGCUGGCUGAUCGCACACUCUCAGUGGCUGUGACCCCUGUGCAGGCUGUGGUCUUGCUCUACUUCCAGGACCAAGCCAGCUGGACCCUGGAGGAACUGAGCAAGGUGGUGAAGAUGCCAGUGGCCCAGCUGCGGCGCCGCAUGUCGGUGUGGCUGCAGCAGGGCGUGCUGCGGGAGGGCCCAGCUGGCACCUUCUCAGUGGUCGAGGAGGAGCGGCAGCAGGACCGUGACAGUGUGGUGCUCCCGGACAGUGAUGAUGAGAGCGACUCAGGCAUGGCCUCGCAGGCCGACCAGAAAGAGGAAGAGCUGCUGCUCUUCUGGACUUACAUUCAAGCCAUGCUGACCAACCUGGAGAGCCUAUCCCUGGAGCGCAUCUACAGCAUGCUGCGCAUGUUCGUGGUGAGCGGGCCGGCACUGGCCGACAUCGACCUGCAGGAGCUCCAGGGCUUCCUGCAGAAGAAGGUGCGGGACCAGCAGCUCCUCUAUGCAGGCGGUGUCUACCGCCUGCCCAAGGGCUGUAGCUGAGCCCACCACCCCCAAUAAAG